AUGCCUGGAUGGAAGUCGAUGGAGCAAUUCGAAGUGUACUGGACCUCAGAUAUUGGGUUGCCAGAACAUAUAGAAAUGUGUUUUCCCAUCGGUAUAGGAGGUUUUCGUCCUUUCUUCCCUGUGCGAAAUGUCAAAUAUAGAGGCCCGUCACCCUAUCGCCGAGAAUUUUGCUCUAUUCACCCAGAUUAUCAAUUCAUUCAAACACAAUUGGACAUCUGGGAGGAGAUUCAUGUUCAGGAAUGUAAACAAUCAAUGACUGGCAAGCAUACUCUAAGGGUCAUUGACUGCAAGUCCCGCCAGCUUACGACAGUAAAGCCUGGCGAACCAUACAUAUGCUUGAGCUACAUGUGGGGUAGCGGCACUACGCAGGAUGUGAGGGAACUUGGGAACGAACUGCCAGCGGGUGUCCCCAAAGCAGUAGAAGACGCCAUGGCUAUAGCGAUUAACCUGGGCAUACCAUAUCUAUGGGUAGAUCGGUACUGCAUCGAUCAAGGAAAUCCCCAAGAGAAGCACCGUCUCGUCAAAAACAUGAACAGAAUUUAUGAACAAGCAGAGGUUACAAUCAUAGCUGCCAUCGGAGACGACCCCCAUCAUGGCCUUGCAGGAGUUUGA